AUGAAGUUUGGGCGCAAUUUGUCCCAGUUCACAGUGCCGGAGUGGAGUGCCUCCUAUAUCAAGUACAAGGCAUUGAAGAAGCUCAUCAAGUCUGCGGCCGAGCAAAUCAAAGCGGGCCAGGAGGCUGACUUGGCUGGAUUCUUCUACUCGCUGGAUCGAAAUCUUGAGGAUGUCGAUUAUUUCUACAACAAGAAACAUGCCGACUACACCCGUCGUCUGAAGCUGCUGGAGGACCGAUAUGGAUAUUCUAUGGAAGGCCGGCAUCAUCUCGAGCCCGAGGACCGACAUGAUCUGCGCGAGGCUCUUCUGGACCUGCGCUAUCAUUUGCGCCGAUUGCAGUGGUAUGGUGAGGUCAAUCGCCGUGGUUUUGUCAAGAUUACGAAGAAGCUGGACAAAAAGGUCGGUGCUCAGGCUCAGAAGCGAUACCUGGAGACCAAGGUCGAUCCCGCACCGUUCGCCUCGAAUGCGCGUGUGGCCAAGGCCCAGGAGCGCAUCAAUGCGUGGAUGGCGAUCAUCGCCGACCAGUCUAAGGCGGACGAGAAGCUGGCCGAUGAUGCCAGUUCCACGCAUUCGUCUCUUUCAUUGAAGCGGGGCGCGUCGCGGCCUUAUCUCAACUUGCCCCCAAGUGUUAUUACCGCUGUCGACGAUGCGCUUCGCAAGGAUGAUACUCACGUUUUGCUGGAAUUACUCGAGACCCUGAAGUCUGCGGCCGACGAAGCUGGUGAGGCCGUUUUCUCUAAGGUUCUCAAAACUUUGAUCCAGCGCUCCAUCUUGCACCGCUCGCGGUCUUGCGCCGCUGCGCUCCUGAGCCGCGUGGACACCUUGGAGGAAGAUGACGACAUCAAUCGGCGUAAUUGCCUGCAUCGUCUGGUCAUCUCUAUCGGCCGUGAACAGUCGACCAGCGACUCUGAGCCCGCAGCCUCAAUGGUUCUCGAUUUCCCUCCUGAGACGUCUCGUUACAUUACCCCCGCUGCGCCGCCGACCCUGCAGCCGCCGCGCUCUGUGGUUAAAGAGACCAACAUGCCUCAGCAACUGGGUCGCGAUGAUUCGACCGUUGCUUUACUGCAGUACAUGCUGGAUGAGCUGCGUCCCAACCAGCGGGAGGCUCUGGUGGCGAAAGAUCUGUCUGGACGCACACCGUUGCACUAUGCCGCACAGUACGGCUUCAAAGUGGUGUGUGAGGUUAUUAUCGAGCAUCUCAAGGCGUGGGAGAUGUUCGAUGUCAGCGAGGGCAUUGACGGGCCUUUGUGGCAGGACAAUGAUGGGUGGGCCCCGCUGCAUCUCAGUGUGGUGGGUGGUCACCCGAAGACGACUCGAUGCCUCCUUGAUUCCGAGGAUUCGCAGGAUCUCUCUCAGGAUAAGGGCGCCAUCCGGAAACAAGUGUCCAAGUCCAGCGCGGUGCUAGCGUUGGCUACCAAGGCCAAUUUUGUUGAUAUCGUCCAUCUCCUGGUCGAUGCCGGCGUUGACAUCAACUACCAGGAUGAGCAGGGCGAGACGGCGCUGCAUGUUGCGGCUCGUUUCGGACACGCCGAGUGCGCGAAGAUCCUGCUCGAUGGCACAGAUUACCAAAAGGCCGACACCGACCUGGCGGAAAACACGUACGCGUGGACACCACUGUUUAUUGCGUGCGUGGACGGCUCGUUGAGCGUCGCUAAGCUGCUUAUUGCUGCCGGCGCGGAUGUUGACCGGUUCGAUUCGUCCGGUUGGACGGCCAAGGAGCAUGCUGCACUGCGAGGCCAUCUCGCCAUCGCUCGGUGUCUGGCCAAAGUCAGCCCUGGGCCUCCCGCUGCCGAGCCUGAGGUAGCUGGACCCACUACUUUGACCGUCCAUUCCUCUCCCUCGGGCUCGCCCCCUACCCAGUCGUCUCUCUCAGAUCGAAGGUCGAACACGCCGGGCCCGACCUCCGCCGGGAGUUCUGGGCUACGGAAUUCUGAGCCUAUUAAGACUUUUGGACACCGGUAUCUCACCGAUGAGACCAUGAUUCUGGUCAGCCUGGGGACCAUGGACAUGCGGAAGCCACUUGUCACUGUUAACCUCGAUCGCAUCCCGAUGGAAAACGCCCAUGCCACGCAGCUAGAUACGGCUCUGUCCCUGGUGGUCACCGCCAGCGGCGCGCACGGCGAGCCAGAGGUGAUUGACCUGCCGGUGCAGGAAAAUAUCUCGACCGAGCCCAUUGUGUUCCACACCGCUGAUGCGAGCAAGGUGCGUCUUCUUUUCGAUCUGGUGCCCACCUAUUCGGGAUCAAAGGACCAGGUUGUCGGCCGUGGUGUGGCGCUGCUGUCCAGUGUCAAGCCCACGGUGGGCUCCCAACGUAUCAAUCUCAAGGGUGAUUCUACUGUGCCCAUUGUUGCCGCGAACACCUUGGAUGUGAUUGGGUCUGUGACUUUCAACUUUCUCAUCAUCACCCCAUUCAAGCACCCCAACAUGUCCAUCACCGGCAACCAGACCUACUGGCGGUCCAUGAGCUCGACGAUGGUCAUUGGACACCGCGGCCUGGGCAAGAACAUGGCCAGUCGCAAUUCAUUGCAGCUGGGAGAGAACACGAUCCAGUCAUUUAUUGCAGCGGCCAACCUGGGCGCGUCGUACGUUGAAUUCGAUGUUCAGCUUACCAAGGACCACGUGCCGGUCAUUUACCACGACUUCCUGGUCAGCGAGACGGGCAUCGACGCCCCUGUUCACACUAUGACCUUGGAUCAGUUCCUGGAACUCGGCAAGGGUCGGCACCGGAAUGUGUUGCCCGAGGGUGUGGAUGCCAACGGCGAUCUCCCGCCGCGCCAACGGUCCAUGUCGGUUGGCGGUUCCGAGUAUAAUCCGGCGGAACUGACCGAGAAGAUCAAACACACGCGCGACUUCAAGAAGAAGGGAUUCAAGGGGAAUACUCGUGGCGAGCACAUCCAGGCGCCGUUCGCCACGCUGGAGGAGCUGUUCAAGAAGAUCCCGCAGCCAGUCGGCUUCAACAUCGAAUUGAAGUACCCCAUGCUUCAUGAGAGCGAGGAAGAGGAGAUGGACACCUAUGCCGUCGAACUUAACUCCUUUGUCGACACUGUCCUGACCAAGGUUUAUGAUUUGAACGGCGACCGUGACGUGCUGUUCUCCAGCUUCAACCCGGAUAUCUGUCUCCUGCUGUCCUUUAAGCAGCCGUCGAUCCCGGUUCUGUUCUUGACUGAUGCCGGUGCUUCUCCUGUCGGCGAUAUUCGCGCUAGCAGUAUCCAGGAGGCGGUGCGGUUCGCCUCGCGUUGGAAUCUGCUCGGUAUUGUCACGCAGGCCGAGCCACUGGUGUUGUGCCCGCGGCUUGUGCGGAUUGUCAAGGAGUCCGGUUUGGUGUGUGUCUCGUACGGUGUUUUGAACAACGACGGUGUCAACGUGGAUUACCAAGUCGCUGAAGGUAUCGACGCCGUGAUCGUCGACUCCGUCCUCGGCAUUACCAACGGCCUCAUCCAGCGUCAGAACAAGAGCGAGCGCACCCCGGGUCCAUCCCCGAACCCGGCUCCUGUGGGGGACAAUGCCGCAGAUGUGGCCAAGGACGCGGUGCCUGUACCCGAGCACGUCCGCAAAAGCCAUCCCAGCCCAAACCUGAACCCGUCUGUCAUCCUCUAA